AUGGCUGCUGUUUCGACGACAAAUUCCACGUCAAAUAGUGGUACUGUAGAAACUACAGUAGUCGAUGAGAUUCCAGAUUCGCUCAAUCAGAUAUUGUUGAUGAUUGUCAAAAACUUUUUCUCGAAUGUGAGUCAUUUUCUGAAGUUUUAAUCAAUAUUUUUUCGGAAUUUGAAAAAGAGUUAAAUUUGAUCACAAGUGAUCUGGAGUUCGCUACUAAAAAACUAGUUAGUCAAAAAUCUCAAGUGGAAGUCCCAAAAAGAACUAAGAUUUUUAUUACAGGAGCACUAUCUAGUUGUAUAUUAUAUAAUGCGAGCCGAAUGUAUUCGUGAAGAAAAUCUAAAAUCUCGCCUUAACUUCGAUCAAAAACAAUUACGACAACUUCUGGCAACACUGAAAGCUGAAAAAUUGGUGAAAGAACGACUUUUUUCGCAGAAAAAUGAGAAUGGCAGAAAUGUUUCAAUCAUUUUUUAUUUCAUCAAUUAUCGAUCGGUUUUGAAUGUGUUGAAGUAUAAAAUUGAUCAUAUGAGGUGAGGAAAGGCCGGGAAUUUUGAAGGGAACAUCAUAUUAUCAGUCAAUUUUGUUUUGCUUAAAAUAAUGUUCCGAAAAUUAACUUCACGAAUAUCAAUUUCAAAAGAGUUAGUCUAACUUUACCAAAUCAUAAGCAUAGUUUUUUCAGACAAAAAUUGGAAUCUCGCGAGAAAAACGACACAAACAAGGCGCAUUAUAAAUGUCAUAAUUGUUGUAGUACAUAUGAUGUGAGUUUUGAAAUUUGGAGGAACUUCAAAAAUCUGAAAUUCUUUAAUUUUUGUAGUCUUUUUGAAAAAUUUUUAGUUAGAAAAAUGGUAAAAUCGAAUCUUACUCAUAUUUAAGCAAGAAAGGUUCCAAAUUAUUAUUUUCUAUAUUAGCUUCAAAACUUCCCCUAAAAUUCAAUCUUCAGAUGUUAGAAAUCAAUGGAAUUCUCGAUUUUGCAACUGGUCGCCUAACUUGUUGGAGAUGUCAAGGAGAAGUUCAAGUCGAUGAAUCUCUAGCUCCAUCGCAAUUAACCAGAACUGCUGUGGCUAGAUUUAAUGAGCAAAUGACCCCAUUAUUUUCGAGAAUUCAAGAAUUGAAUGGUGUUCAAUUAGCUCCGCAUUUGUUGGAACCAGAUAUUACCAAAUAUUUGGAAGAUGAUCGAGGUAAAUAUUUGUGUCGAAAUAAGGGUUUUCAAUGCGUAUCAUUGCUCAUGUUAGAGAAAAAUGCAGAAAAUUAUAUCCACAAUAAUCCUGAAUUUCUUGCAGCUCGCGAACUUCAACUCCAACAACAAUCAAUGGAUUUUACAUCAAAUGGUGGUGGAAAUCGCGUUGCUCUUGGAGCAGUUGCUCAUUCUUUCCAAAAUGCUUCGACUUUGAAUUAUCAACACGGUGAUCAAAUUACUGUCGAUUUGAAUGCUGAUAUCAAUAAGUAAGAUUUUUUGAAGAAAAACUGGAUUUUGUAGUGAAAACCAAAAAUCUUGAGCCUAAAUUGCUUGUAGUCUUCCUAAAUCUAUUUCUAAUAUAUCGAUUUUUCAGCCGGCCUGUUGAAGAAGCAAAAGCUAUCCCAAUGUGGUUGCAAGAUAAUGCGAUUGGUGGAGAUGUUAGUCACAAUGAACAAGUUUUGAGUCAAGUGUGAGUUUUUUUCGGGGAUUUAAAUGAAAUAUAAACUUUCAGAUCAAAAAUGUUUCAACUUUAAAAAAGUUAUAUUUCCAGAAAUGAACCUCAUUCCUCGGAAACCUCAAAUCCUGGAUUAUCAAUUAAUCUGCUAGCCGAAUUCGAAGGAGUUUCAAAAGAACCAGAAGUCAAAAAAUCGAAAACUGAAGAUAAUUCGGAAGAAAAUGGAGAAAAAGAGGAAGAAAAUGAAGAUGAAGAGGAAGAAGAAGAGGAGGAAUUAGAAGUUGGUGGAAGAAAAGUGGCAUUCAGUGAAAUCACACCGGAUAUGAUUGAAAAUGAAAUGAGCGAAGAAGAAAGGCAAAAAUAUACCGAACUUGUACAACAAUUGCAUGUUUAUUGA